AAUAACGAAGACAUGCUUCACUGUGAAAACAAAUUGAAACCCCUGAGAAUCCUUACUGCAACAUUCAAGUGGGCGUGCUAAAAUUCAUAAAUCCCAUUUAAUAAAAAUGGCAGCCAAUUCUGCUUUCACUCCAAUCUCGUCCGUCAUCAGCCCAGCGCUCCUGCAGAAGGGAUCUGUGGCAAGUCCUCAUGUUCUUGGGCUGCCACCAAUGGCAAAGAUGGGAAAAGUGAGGUGCUCCAUGGAGGGAAAACCUCAGGGCAGUGAGUCAAACUUGGGCACGGGCGCAUCUUUGAUUGCAGCCACUUGUGCUGCCGCGAUGUCCAGCCCAGCCAUGGCUCUUGUAGAUGAGAGAUUGAGCACAGAAGGAACUGGGCUGCCCUUUGGUUUAAGCAACAAUCUUCUUGGUUGGAUCAUUUGUGGUGUCUUUGGUUUGAUUUGGGCUUUCUACUUCAUCUACACUUCUGAUCUUGUAGAGGAUGAAGAGUCUGGGCUCUCUCUUUGAGCGAAAAAACUGAUGUGUUCUAGCACGGAUACAUAGGGAUUAUGUCAUGUGGGAGCGUGUGCAUUCGGAGUCGCUAGGUGUCUUGAUUCUGACUUUGUCGAUGGAACAUUUGUAAAAGGAAUUUUCAUUCUAAAUUAUCAUCGUUAUAUAUUAUUUCUUAAAUUAUCUCUAA